UUUUUCCCCCAUGAUCGAAAGGAAUAAAAAUAAUCCGAGGUGACGCAAUGGCCAGCGAUCAGUCAAUUUCUCUAUCUCGACUUCGUGGUUCUUUUUUUUUCUUUUCUUUUCUUUUUUUUCUCUCUCUCUCUUUUAAAAUUAAUUUAUUAUUUCUUCCAGCGCGGUUGAUUAAUAAAGCGGAAAGCUUCUUUAUGGCCGGGCUUCCUUCCACCGUGCUUCGGGCUCCCUCUAGAAAGCCCGAGCCCGGCCCAGGCGACUGUGGCAGAGCCCCAUUGGCACGUAGGGAAACCAGAUUUAGGAAGGGGCAAAAAGUGAGGGGCGAAACUUCCCGAGGUGAACGCUCGGCUGCGGGGCAGGCGGCUUUCCGGGGCCGGGGGGCACAGGAAUGGGGCUUAAAAAAGGGGAAAAACAGCCCCGCUUUAGGAAUGAGAUCCAUUCAGCUGUGUAGCACGCGACGUCGAGGCGAGAAAGUGUUUUCAAUGACGAAAGAAAAAAAAAAAGUCAGAAAUCAAAAAUCGGAAAUUAAAAAUUAAAAAUAAAGCAAAAAAAAAAAAUUUUUUUUAGAAACCCGAAAAGCGCCUUUAUUCGAGCGGCCGAACGCGGAGCAGAACGGGAGCAUCGUCUGAGCUGAAGUUCCCCUCACCGCCGCGCUCGGUCCCCGCCGAUGGACUAAUUGCAAUUUAAUAAAAUUAGUGCGAACUCCAGGUCUGGUUAAAAAAAAAAAAAAAAAAAAAAAAAAAAACUCCGGGGCUGCGUCUGUGGUAAGAUGGCGCCUCUCUAAGACCUGCCUCUUCUUAGUGAUGAAGGAAAGAAGGCCAUAAAUCCGUUGUUGUUUAUGAAAAUUUACAACUUUGCAAUACAACUUUAUGAGUUGUUCGGUUUUUCCAUUGGUCGUUGUCGGUCAUGUGGAUGGUUAACCGUGAACAUGAACUUUUUUAUAAUUUCCCUUGCGAGAAUAGAGCCGCAUUCUUUUGCUGAGCUCUGUCCUGCUUCGGAUCUCUCUGGCUUUCAAUCCCCAUUUCAUUUGCUCUUUGUAAGGCAAUAGUGAACAAAGUGUGCGGAGGUUCGGCAUAAGCAGCCGCCUAGAACACAGAUCCGGGAUGGCAAUUUCCAGUUCCCCCGCUGGAAGGUGUGGCAUAUUGGAUUCAAAGCACUGGCGUGGCAGAUUUUCAACUUGCAACCUGGCUAAUUUCCUGCUUCUUCUGGCACCAAAAGGAGGGCGAUUCGUCUCCUGUGCAGCCAAAGCGACAGCUGUCAAAGUCGCAGGGGCUCCUGUGAGCCAGAACCUAAAAGGCUACGUGUGCCUCCUGGCCAUUCACAUUGUCACUUUUAGGUACAGAAGUAUCCAAACCACAAGUUCUCAAUACUGUGUGAAAAAAUGGCUCCCUGCAAAUCGAGGGAUUUGGGAUCCCACCGUCAGAGGCCGGUGCCCAUCGGCCCGGGGGUGCAACCGGUGGGACCCUGCAAGCAUUGCUGCCGGCCCGAGGAGCGCGGAGCGCCUCGCGGUUCUGAAAGGCAUUCUCUUGGAAAAGUCUGUGAAGACGCAAAGGAUUUUCCUGGAAAGAAAAAAAAAAAAAAAAAAAAAAAAGAGUGGUCAUGUGUAAAGACACCGCAUCUCGGCUGUCUGCUAAAAACAUGCACACUCUGUCGGUGGAGAUAGAGCGGCGGACUGCAAAAUGCCCCACGGCCGAUUUUCGUCGUUUAAGGUCUGCCCGGAGCGGCCAUUGGAGGAGCAGCGCCACGUGACAGAGGGGUGCCAAUGUUAUUCUCCAAGGGUGUCAAGACCCUGUCAGUUUGCGAAAUAAAUAUUGGGAAACAACGAAAUGCAAAAAGCGACCUACUACGACAGCUCUGCAAUCUAUGGUGCCUACCCCUACCAAGGAGCAAAUGGUUUCACUUAUAAUGCGAGUCAGCAGCAAUAUCCUCCGUCUUCGUCACUUGUGGAAACUGAGUACCACCGCCCCGCGUGCUCCCUCCAGUCCCCAGGCAGCACCGUGUCCCACCACAAGGCCAAUGACAUCAGUGAGAGUUGCAUGAGGACCCUCCCCAGCCAGCCUCUGCAGCCCCCUGGUCUCACUGACCCGCAGGCCCCACCGCAGCCACCUCCGGCCCCGCAGGCACAGCCUCCACCUCCAUCCUCGGCCUCACCAUCUCAAAAUGCCAGCAGCAACCCUGCCCCUGCCAACCCCACUAAGAGCCCGGCUCUUAACUCACCCACUGUGUCCAAACAGAUAUUCCCAUGGAUGAAAGAGUCUCGGCAAAACACAAAGCAGAAAAACAGCAGUUCCAGUUCAGGUGAGAGCUGUGCUGGUGAUAAGAGCCCCCCAGGCCAAGCAUCCUCUAAACGAGCUCGUACGGCUUACACAAGUGCCCAGCUAGUAGAACUGGAAAAGGAGUUCCACUUCAAUAGAUACCUUUGCAGGCCACGGAGGGUUGAGAUGGCCAAUUUGCUCAAUCUCACAGAAAGACAGAUCAAAAUCUGGUUUCAGAACCGCAGAAUGAAAUACAAAAAGGAUCAAAAGGGCAAGGGCAUGAUGACCUCUUCAGGAGGACAGUCCCCGAGCAGAAGCCCCGUCCCUCCAGCUGCUGGGGGAUACCUAAACUCUAUGCAUUCUUUAGUAAACAGUGUCCCCUACGAGCCCCAGUCACCUCCGCCAUUUAAUAAGCCUCAUCAGAACACCUAUGGCAUCCCCGCAUCGUAUACCGCUCCUCUUAAUAAUUGCCCACCUCCUCAAAAGAGAUACACGGGGACAGCAGCUGUGACACCUGAAUACGAUACUCAUCCUCUUCAAGGCAACGGUUAUGGGAAUCCACAUAUACAGGGAAGCCCCGUCUACGUAGGGGGCAACUACGUGGAGACCAUGACCAAUUCUGGGCCUUCCAUCUUUGGUCUAACUCAUCUCUCUCAUCCUCCCUCUGCCAACAUGGACUACAGCGGGGCUGGGCCGAUGGGCAACAAUCACCACCAUGGACCUUGCGACCCGCACCCAACAUACACAGACCUUACAGCUCACCAUCCUUCUCAGGGAAGAAUUCAGGAAGCGCCCAAACUCACCCAUCUGUAGGAGCCAGGAGUCACUAGGUGGAACGCAAAGCCCCAACCUUUUAAAGUACUCGUCCCUUCCUCUCUGCCUCUCCUCCCCGCCACGCGCCCUCCUCCCCUCUCUUUCUUCUUUCUUUGGCUCAUUUUAGUUUGUUUCAUUUCCUUUGGUAAAAGCGUUUUCUAGUUUAUGUGACGUAGCAAUAUUUGUUGCUUGAAUUGCUCUAUAGUUUCACUAGUGGAUAUUUAUCUUCUUGAACUGCAGCCUCGUGUCUCACUUUGGGAGCAUACAGAGGCUUUAUACUUUACCUUCUACACUUUUGUCAAAACAGGGUAUAUGAACAAAUUUUCUAUAAAAGGAAUUCUUAAAUGUGAAUUUGUUCGUACAUGAUUGAUCCCACGGGGAAGCAAU